AUGGCGUCUAUCGCAGGCAGCCUCGCGCGGCAGCAAUUGCGUCAAUUUGUUGGCAGAAGCACCAUCAUAUCCACUCCUUCAUGCUCCUACUCGACUACAUCCAGUGCUUCUCGGAACACACCGUCAGCAUCACAUUCCACUGAAUCACGCCGUCUUCGCUCCGCCGCCGCAAUAGCCCACAGCCAAUUCAGCACUUGUACACAUGUACACAGCUCUUGGCCUGCCGGAGCUGUCGGAAGUGCCGAGUCGGACAAGCUGCCUCCUCCUGUCAAAGGCAAGGCCAAAACCGCCCCCUCAAUCCCUUCACCUUCUCGUAGCAAAACGAUUGCCGACAUUCAAGCGCUCAAGCACCAUCCAAGCGGCAGCAUUCCCAUUGUCUGCCUCACCGCCCACGACUUUCCCUCGGCUCUUUCGGUUCGAGCCGCCAACGUGGAUCUGUGCUUGAUCGGUGACUCGCUCGCCAAUGUGGCUCUGGGCUACACUUCAACGCAGCCGCUGUCGCUCGAUGCGAUGAUCCAUCACUGUCAAGCCGUCAAACGUGGGCUCGAUGCACCCCUCUUGGCAACAGCAAGCCUUCUUGACGGCAUAGAUCUACCGCAGCCUCCCCUCGUCAUCGCCGACGUGCCGUUCGGCGCCACCUUUGGCUCUCUCGACUCGGGCGUAGCUGCAGUUGUCAGAUUGAUCCAAGAAUCAGGUGUAGACGGCGUCAAGAUCGAAGGCUCCUACGAGACUAUCCCGCUCAUCCAGCGUCUCACCUCUCACGGAAUCCCCGUCAUGGGACACCUCGGCUUGCAACCGCAACGCGUCGGCUCCACCUCUGGCUAUCGCGUACAGGGCAAGACGGCUGCGCAAGCCAAGGAGAUGCUUGACGCUGCUCUGGCUCUCGAACAAGCCGGAUGCUUCUCCAUCGUUCUCGAAUGCAUCCCUACUCGCGUGGGCGAGCACAUCAGUCGAAAACUCUCGAUUCCCACCAUUGGUAUCGGAGCCGGCAGCAAGACCGACGGACAGAUCUUGGUUAUGAACGAUAUGAUUGGCGAUUUGACCGGCGCGGGUCACGUGCUGGCACAGCUCUCGGUCCGCACCGACGCCGAUCAAGCUCGAGCCGCUGCCUCAGCGCCGUUGCCGACGAGCAGCGAUUUGAUGCCACCGGCGCCCAAAUUUGUGAGAAACUUCAGCCUGGCCAUGGGCACCUCGAUUGGCGCCUUGAGGAUCGCAGCUGUCCAGGCGUAUACCCAGGCGGUGAGGACGAGGGAGUUCCCGGACGACGACAAGGAGGGCUACAAGAUCAAGACGGACGAAUGGAUCGCGUUUCUGCAGCUCGUUUCUGAGUCCGGUACAAAGUGA